AUGUUUCCAAGUUUCUUGUUGCUCAACCUCUUGCCUCUGGCCAUCGCGGCUCCAGCCAAACGAGCUGAGCCGGCACCACUCCUUGUCCCACGAGGUGAUACUAUUCCCGACAAGUAUAUUGUCAAGUACAGAGAGACCUUUUCCAUCUCUUCUGCGGACAGUAUUAUCAAGGCCCACCAUGCAGAGGCUGAGAAAGUUUACUCUCACGUCUUCAACGGGUUCGCCGGCGCGUUGAACGCGACGGCCAUUGAAACACUUCGUCAUCACCCUGGUGUUGAGUUUAUUGAGAAUGAUGCCACUGUCAAGAUUAGCGCAUUUAUUGAAGAGCCUGGCGCUCCUUGGGGUCUGUCUCGCAUCUCACACCGAAGGGGUCCAGGUGGCAGCUAUGGUAGCUACGCCUAUGAUGACAGUGCCGGUGAAGGCACAUGCGCUUAUGUUAUCGACACUGGAGUUGAUGGCUCGCAUCCGGAUUUUGAAGGUCGAGCACAGUUGAUUAGGUCCUUCAUCAACGGAGAGAAUUAUGAUGGCAACGGUCAUGGCACCCACGUGUCUGGAACCAUCGGCAGCCGAAGCUAUGGCGUGGCUAAGAAAACCACCAUCUAUGGAAUCAAGGUUCUCAGUAACCAGGGUAGUGGCGAUUACUCCGGCAUUCUCGCUGGUAUGGAUUUUGCCAUCCAAGACUCUCGACAGCGAAGGUGCCCCAAGGGUGUCGUCGCCAACAUGAGCCUGGGAGGCGGCUAUUCAGCUGCUAUCAACCAAGCUGCUGCACAGAUGAUUCGGUCUGGUGUUUUCCUUGCCGUUGCUGCAGGAAACGAUGCGAACGAUGCCUCAAACACGUCUCCCGCUUCUGAGCCCAGUGUAUGCACUGUAGGAGCUACGGAUUCGCUUGAUAGACUUUCAUCCUUUUCAAACUACGGCGCCCCUCUUGACAUUCUUGCUCCUGGAAGCGAUAUCCUGUCAACCUGGCCAGGUGGCGGUACUAACUCUAUCUCUGGUACUUCCAUGGCCACGCCCCAUGUUGUUGGUCUUGCUGCCUACUUGGCUUCUUUGGAAGGCUUCCCCGGUGCACAGGCUCUUUGCGAGAGAAUUCGCUCUCUCGCUACCCCAAGUGCUAUUAAAGGUGUCCCACCAGGAACUGUUAACCUGCUUGCCUUCAACGGCAACCCAUCUGGAUAA